UGACUAUUCCUCAUGUGUGAUCCAAUCAGAUCUGAUGCUUUAUCUGCUGUGGUUGCAAAGGUGAGAUAUAUUGCUUGAUUAUGAAGCUGCAAAAGGUGCACCUUGCCUCUUGGACUCUUGGGGCAUCCUUGUGGAUACUUGUGAGACUGACAGACAACAGCUGAAACAUGCACUCUGCCCAAUUUGCAUGAACAAGUUCAGGCAGUAAAAAUGAAAGACAGGUUAAGUAUGACUUGAGACUCACAAAACAGAGAAGAGAAUGUUUGACCAGGAAUCAAGGUAGCAUAAGCUUGUAUCAUCCCAAAAGGAAGUAUCCUUCCAAUGCCUUCUUCCUCGCUUCCGAUCAAGAUCAGCUGUUUGUGCUGUGGAUCACCAUGGGAGAGCCAAGACAUUGCAAGCUAUGGCUCCUUGUGCUGGCGUUGGCGCCGUGGUUUCAGGCUUCGACGUGUGCGACAACGUUCACCAUAUCGAACUACUGCGCCUACACCAUCUGGCCGGGGACGCUAGCCGGCUCCGGCACGCCGCAGCUGUCCACCACUGGGUUUGAGCUCGCGCCGGGGCAGACAGUGCGGCUCGCCGCGCCGACAGGGUGGUCGGGGCGGAUGUGGGCGCGCACGGGGUGCGUGUUCGACGCUGCCGGCGCGGGGAUCUGCCAGACGGGCGACUGCGGCGGGCGCAUGGAGUGCCGCGGCGCCGGCGCCACGCCACCGGCCACGCUCUUUGAGGUCACGCUGGGGAAGACAGGCAGCGAGGACUUCUACGACGUGAGCCUCGUCGACGGGUACAACCUUCCCGUCGUCGCCAUCCCGCGCGCGCUGCGGGGGCAGGGCGCGUGCAACGCCACCGGCUGCAUGGCCGACCUGAACCGCUCGUGCCCGAGGGAGCUUCAGGUGGACUGCGGCGCCGGCGCGAUCGCGUGCCGGAGCGCGUGCGAGGCGUUCGGGCAGGACAGGUACUGCUGCAGCGGCGCCUACGGCACGCCGGCAGCGUGCCGGCCGACGGCCUACUCGUCCAUCUUCAAGACGGCGUGCCCGCGCGCCUACAGCUACGCCUACGACGACAGCACUAGCACCUUCACCUGCAAUGCCGACGACUACAACGUCGCCUUCUGCCUCCCGACAUCCGGGAUAAAGGAGUCGGACGCCGUCUUCCUCGGUGCGCAGAUCGACGGAGUCAAUGCGCGGCCAUUGUACGCGAACGGAGGCCAGAGCACUGGCGAGGACAAUGCGCCGCCGGCCCACGGCAACGGUGGCGAGGGUGCACCGGUUUACAACAACUACGGUGGUGCUUAUGAACCGCCGGUUUACAACUACGGCCGCGGAGGCGCUCAUGUGCCGCCGGCGAUGAGGGCCUCGUCGGCGAGCACGAGAUACAUCCGGCCGUGGCUUCUUCUGCUACCGCUGCUCGUCUGUUAUCCCUGACGUUCGACCGGACCGUGCUCCCUUGCUCACCUUGCCCUGCGUUAGAGCUCAGGGCAGAGCUGGCUCUGAAUCUGCGAAACCUGCACCACGGAAGAGAUCAGAGAUCGAUCAAGGAGGGGUUAAUUUGCAGGCACUGGUUAUUUGGAUGAUCCUAUAAUAUUCUUCGUGUAAAGCAGUUUGUUGUGAACAGUGUAGGUGCGCGCUAGGCGACUAAUUGGUAAGAUUGGGUCUAUUUUACACUGAAUGUUGAACUAAAUGUAAAUUCACGUUGCAGAAACUAAUUCAGGUAUCUGAACUCCAGAUAUUCCCACUCCGGCCGUGCUC